AUGUCGGAACUUGCAGACAACAAUCGUUCAGAGCAAGGUCUAGAUGGGUCGACACCAUACGACUCCGAGUCCACUCUCAGUCGCGGCGACUUGCAGGAAAAGCCAUCCAACCUAGACGAUGAUGAGGACCCCGAAGCGCUGACUCGGCUCGAGACAGCCCAGUCGGCCGUCAAGCCCCCGUCCGAACUAUGGAAAGAGAUCAUCUUCAUUGCCGUGGUCUGCAUGGCUCAAUUCAUGACACAAGCCGGCCUAUGCAUGUCCAUUGCCCCAGCUCACAUCAUUGGCGCCAGCUUUGGCACCACAAAUGCAGGACAGCUCAGUUGGUUCGCCGCAGCUUACAGCUUGACUGUCGGAACCUUCAUUCUGGUCGCCGGUCGGCUCGGAGACGUCUACGGGCAUCGACUCAUGUUCAUCAUCGGAUUCUCCUGGUUCGGUCUCUGGUCCCUCCUGGCUGGAUUCAGCGUGUGGUCGAACAAGGUCUUCUUCGACUGCUGUCGAGCUCUGCAAGGAAUUGGUCCCGCUAUGUUACUCCCGAACGCCAUCGCUAUUCUCGGACGUGCCUAUCCUCCCGGAUUGCGCAAGGAGAUGAUCUUUAGCUGCUUCGGAGCCACAGCACCGGGCGGGUUCAUCGUCGGGGGUGUCUUCUCUUCCCUCUUUGCUCAGCUUGUCUGGUGGCCGUGGGCAUAUUGGGUCAUGGGGAUGGUGUGCUUUGUGCUGGCCGCGCUCGGUAUCAUCGUCAUUCCCGUUACUCAUCGUCCGAAAUUCACAGACAACAUGACAGCUUGGUUGCGACUGGAUAUUCUCGGUGCCAUCACCGGUAUCUCGGCUCUAGUUCUGAUUAAUUUCGCUUGGAAUCAGGCUGCACUAGUGGGAUGGCAGACGCCCUACACCUAUGCCCUCCUGAUUGUUGGAUUCGUCUUCUUCGGCGUCUUCGUUCUCGUUGAACGCUCGGCCCCGUGCCCGUUGAUCCCGCGAUCGGUCCUCUCCGGUGACCUGGCCUGGGUGCUCGGCUGCAUUGCGGCGGGUUGGUCUAGCUUCGGGAUUAUUAUCUACUACUUCUACCAGUUCAUGGAGGUCACCAAGGGUGACUCGCCACUACUCGCGACCGCUAAAUGGUCCGCCGCCGCGCCGUCUGGUGCCGUUGCUGCGCUGGUCACCGGCUUCCUACUGGGAAAGCUACCACCUAGCGUGAUCAUGUUCUUCGCCAUGUGCUUCUUCACUGCUGGACAAGCCAUCUUCGCCACUGUCCCUGUGCAUCAGACGUACUGGGCGCAGGCGUUUGUCGCUAGUCUGAUUACAUCGUGGGGAAUGGACAUGUCCUUCCCAUCAGGAACACUCAUCCUGAGUAAUUCGAUGCAUCAUCACCACCAGGGUCUGGCAGCAUCUCUUGUCACGACAACAGUCAAUUAUUCCAUCUCACUGGGACUGGGAUUUGCCGGUACUGUGGAGUCGAACGUUAACGAUGGCGGGAAGAAUCCCCUGAAGGGAUACCGCGGAGCACUUUAUCUCGGCAUAGGACUUGCUGGGUUGGGGAUGGUGACGUCUAUCUGCUUCAUGUCGGUUAGCUGGAGACGUCAUCGUCUCGGGAAGGAGUCGACAUGA